AUGGAGUCGGAGAGGAAAGCUCUCCUUAAAUUUAAAGAUACGAUCAGUCAUGGAAGUGACGGUCUUAUCUCUUGGGAAGCUGAAGAUUGUUGCAAAUGGGAUAGAGUUUUCUGCAACAAUUUAACUGGUCAAGUAACCAAUUUGGAUCUCAUUGGUUUCAAUUUGGCAGGUAAGUUAGAUGCUUCAAUAUGUGAACUUCAACAUGUAACUUCUUUAAAUCUUGAUGAUAAUUACAUCAGAGGGGAGAUUCCAAAAUGCAUUGGUUUACUUGGAAAGAUGAAAGAGUUGCAUCUCAAUGGGAAUGAACUAGUUGGAAUACUUUGCAAAUCCGCCGUCCAUAAGCGAGCUAGUUCAUUCCCAUUAAGAUGCAACUCUUUCAUCUUUCCAAGUAAACCAAUGCAUUUUGGAAUCUUUCCUCUGAUGUAA